AUCUAGUGCCCUAACUAGCAUUUGCAAAUUAUAAUAAUUCACAAGUUCAACCUAUUCAAAAGUUUUAUCAAAAGCGUUCAUGCAUUUAUUCAUAGCAAAUAAGCUCAAUAUUUUGUAUUUAAAGUUAUAAACUUCCGAGCUGAAAAAGUUUGGUCGAAUUCUUAUAAUUUAAUUCAUUUAAUUUCUCACCUUUUGGUUUUGAGCGAAGUUCUCAAGACCGCCGUUGUUUUUACUAUUAUAAAAUUGGAAUUGAAAGAAUAAUCGAAUAGUGAGAAGAGAAUAUACAAGUUAAGUUUAUGAUGAGCUACUCGUACAUUGAACUAAACAAUAAUAAAUAUUAUAACAAUUUGCGAAACUUGAACAACAACUCAAAACACCAGUGCUGCAUACAUAAUCUUAUUUUGCAUCAGAUGAACCACUUUUCCAUGCAAAUAAAUAAGGUCAAGAUAUUUAAGAGAGUUAUUUACAGAAGACAUAUAAAGAUGCCAACUACAGUCACCGUUUCGUGGUUGGGAGCCUAAAGACUUGCAAUUUCCUUAGGGACUCACGAAGAGUUCAACAAAUUCUAUUCAAAAUGGUUGCUCAAAAGAUCACCGUCUGUCCGUCUGGAGACGAUAACGGAAAACAGUACAGAUUACAAAAAGAAAGACAUGGUUUUUUCGCAAACGUGUCUCAAUACACAGCAUCUUUUGAAACUGAUAGAACUAAAUCGCUUAGAGUCCGAAAAGAAUCAACAGGUUCAGAACGGAGGCACUACCGACCUGAGAACCGAGUUAAUUCAAUCGCCUGCGCCAGCUACGAGUCUUUCAGAGGAUUACGAGUAUCUGAAACCGGAGCCGAUAUUCCAGAAUACAAUGCUCAACGAAUCGGACUGCGAGUUCUUCCAAGAACUGGAUCUUCAGUGGUGCGACGCGCUCGCGCAGGAAGAAGUAGUACAGUCCACUGAUCCCCCCAAAUCAACCGACGCAAGGGCACACACAGACACACUGCACACACCAUUCUCACCUCAGGGUUGGGACACAAUCGACGCUAACUCGCCGCCGGCCCACACAUACAACAUUCAAAGCUUUCCCGUCCCGCAAAGCGUGGACGAGAUGGCGAAAUUUAAUAUAGAUCUUUUUAACCAACCGUCCACUAACGAUAAAGUGCCGUUCCAAGAAGCAUUUUUAGAUUUUAAUACACUACCCGUGGUGCUUGGCGAAUUAGCGCCGGAGAGUGUGGUCCACGCGGAUCCGUGGCCAAUGACGGACCCCGUGUGGCACCACGACACAGACUUUACAAAAUCCAUCAACACAUAUAACACAAUGCCCUUCAUCCACCAAGAAGAUUCAAUGGACAUGAAAUACGUAUCAGUGACGCCGCAGGAAGUGGAGAGUAAUCUGAUUGUCAUCAACGAGGAGAACGGGUCCUUUCCCGCGCCAGUCCCGUCCCGCAGUGCCCUGUCCGUGGACGUGUCGCGCGAGGCCUGGCCCGCAGACCUCAUCAGCACGCCAGAAGUCCUAAGCGUUGUCGAGCAGUUGGAAACAGAGAAAUGUCCACUACUCCACUCGGCUCAGCCGGUGCUAGAUCAAGACAUCUCCAUAGAAAUCACGAAAUUCGAUGAAUCGCCGAUACCAACACCGGUCAUGUAUUCGUUGCCGAUUACGCCGAAAACUGAGUCAGAGUCCGAUGAGGACAGCAAACCUCCUCGGAAGAAAAGACCGAGACAAGACAGCGAAGACUCUGACGAGACGUACACACCUUACACUGAAACACCCCGCGUUAAGAAGGUCAGCCGCAAAGCACCCAAGAAGGAUAUCAAACAGAUGAUACAGGCACUGGAGGGCGCGCAGCAACAACCAAAGAAGAGAGGCAGACCACCUGGUAGAAGACAAAGCACCAUGUCAACCGUCAGCAACAAUUCUUCUGCAUCCACACACGAGGUUAAAUAUAGGGAGUUGAGAGACAAGAAUAAUGAAGCCUCAAAACGAUCUAGGAUGAAUAGGAAGCUAAAAGAACUCCAAUGGGAACAGCUCGCUGACGAGCUAGAAGAACGAAAUAAUAAAUUGAAAAUACGCGCAGAGCUUCUAGAGAAAAUGACAACGAAGUUACGCGAAGCAUUUAUGUCGGCGGUGCAGAAGAAAGCGGGUUAAAACUAGUUUCGACGAAGUGCUAUGCACUGAUGUAAUAGAUUAUAUCUAUUUUAUAGAUAUUGGCGUCUUGAGAGCUAGAGCAAAUGGAGUUAUGUACAUUACAUAUUACACUUAUUGGUUGAGCUCUGAAAGCUCUUAAGGUCGUGACGUGUUAUUUUUGUUUUUUUUUUUUACAUCUCGGACAUGACAAAAUAUUUUUACCCGGAUUUGACCUUGAUGUAAUACCUAAUUAGUUAAGUAUUGUUAAUUAUAUUAAUUCAAUAUUACAAGCACUUGAUAUAUGUUUUUUCUGAUAGUGUUCUGAAUUUAUAAGUUAUAUUAUACUUAUAUUAGUCUUAAUAAUUUUAGCCGUUUCGAUGCCGCAAUGAAGCUCGGAAAUAAUGGUAAUAAAAACAAAAAAAAAAUUAAAUUACCUAUCAAUUAUAAUUAGUUAUUAAAUUAAAACGUGCAUGGUUAUUGAUUGCAGUAGGUUUACCCUAUAGCUUAUUGUUCUUUUUUCGUAUUGGGAAAUAAAUGAAAUUAUUUUGUUAAA